AAACUAUAAUAGAUCAUGUUUUUUUGACCGACCUCAUAAGAUAAAAUCUUAUCUCAUCUCAACUUCCCGUCUUUGCUUGGAAGGUCAGAGGGCAACACCAAUUAUCCCACUUGUGAGUAUUCCUGGCAAGCACAUUAUUGAUUCAACAUCUUUAAAACAGUGUUUAUUUAUAUGCCUUUAAUAUGCCUGGAGAGCACUUUAAAUAUGAGCUUUAGCCUCAUUUUUAUAGCAACCACCUUUUGUAUCAAUUUGAAAUGGUUCACAUGGUUAUGGUUUCACACUUUUUAUGGUUGGUAAACCAGCUAUUGGAAACAUUCAAUGUCACAGAAUCAGUCUGAAUGUCACAGGUGCUUUCCACCACAGAUCGAAGCUCAUAGUGCUCAUAGUUAGAACACUUGGUUUUCUGACUAUGAAUUCGACAGCUGUGUUGCUGAGGACCACCGCACAGUCUCCAUGGACUGGGACGGUAUCCAACACUAUCCCUUAUCUAAAUCUUACAUCAUCCAGUAUGGAUGGACCAGUUCCGGGUGCGUCAUCGAGUGAUGCACCAUAUUCUGAGUAUUCUGGGUACUAUGAUGGGAAUGAGGUGGAUCUCACCUCAGCUCCCUGUCAUUAUGGAACUCAUGGAGCUAACAUUCUUUCAGUGUUAUAUUCCCUGUUUUUCAUUGUGGGCUUUCUCGGGAACAUAUUGGUGAUCUGGGUGGUCUUGAUGGGUGUGAGGCUGAGAAGUAUGACUGACAUCUGUCUUCUGAACCUGGCUAUAGCUGACCUGCUUUUGGUUUCCUCCCUCCCCUUUCUGGCACACCAUGCCAAAGAGCAGUGGAUUUUUGGAGAUGGUAUGUGCACUAUAGUCCUCGGUGUCUACCACAUUGGAUUUUAUAGUGGGAUAUUCUUCAUUGUACUGAUGAGUGUUGAUCGAUAUUUAGCUGUAGUUCAUGCUGUUUUUGCCUUGAGAGUCAGAACAAGGACAUAUGGGAUCUUAGCCAGUGUGAUCAUAUGGAUCACUGCAGUUUCUGCAUCCUUUCCUGAGUUGAUACAUCUCAAAACCACGGAAGACAACGGAACAAAAGUAUGCACAUCUUAUCAAACAAGCAAUCGAGAUUCUUAUCAAAAUUCAAAGAUAAUUGGUAUCUUUAAAAUGAACAUCAUUGGUUUAUUUCUUCCAAUGUUAGUGAUUGGAUUUUGUUAUUCAAUGAUUCUGAUGAGACUCCUGAAUGCUCGCUCUUCCAGGAGGCAGGCCAUGCGUCUUGUCAUCGCAGUCAUGGUGGUCUUCUUCUGCUGUUGGGCUCCAUACAAUAUUGCAGCUUUUGUGAAAGUCUUAGAACUGAAAAAUCAUAUAACUCAGUCUUGUGAGGGUAGUAAGGCUAUCAAUCUAAGUCUGCAGAUCACAGAAGCUUUGGCUUACUCACACAGCUCUCUGAAUCCCUUUCUCUAUGUGUUUGUGGGAGAGAAAUUUAGGAGGCAACUUUUCAGACUAUUGUACAGGACACCCUUCAGCAGACUGCAGUUCAUGAAGAGUUACAUUAUACGGGCCCCAGGAUCUGUUUACUCACAGACCACUAGUUUGGAUGAGAGAUCAGCUACAGCAGUCUGAGUAGAAGAAUAUUUGGAAUAGGGUAUACAGACCCACCCCCCCCAACCCCCUCCCCCCAUGUAUAUAGAUAAGGAUAGAAAGUUGAUUAAUUUGAAAGUUGUACAUAGAUGAGGGCAUAUUUGAACAUUCAAUGAUCAUACAGUGUCAAGCAAGUGUAUUUUGUAAAUAUAUCUGUAGACGUUUAUAUUUAGUUUUUUUAUUGGAUCAUUUAAUUUUUAUUCAUAAUUUUUGGUUUUCUAGUAAUUUUAUAUACUUUGUAUUUUACUGUUACUGAUUUUUUUGUUUAUUAAAACUUUAACUAUAUGAAUUAUAUUU